UCUCGGUUUUCAAGAGAACGGUCUUAGCGUCGAGGAAUCAAACUUCAAGUUCCUGAAAUAAGUUAACAAAUGUAAUUUCUGUUUAUCCUUCUGGAUUGCCUUACCAAAUGGAGCGCUUAAAGCAGAUGGAAGAUGACUCCAUCCACAACAUGAGCCAUUCGCGGGGAUUACCUGGACUGCCCCCGCUGCCCGUGUCCUCUCCCGCAGAGCCCUCUGAGCUCUACCAGAUUGUUCUCAGGCACAGCCACCAUCCUCCGAUCCUCCAGAACACAUCCUGGACCCUGGCUGUUCCUUUCAAGGAGCAAUGGCACCACAGGACGCCCAGUGAAUCGAUAGGGAGCAACUACACCCCCACAGCCUGCCACCUUAAGAUCAGAAAGCUGCAUAAGAGACCCCCCAGUUCCCCUCGCAGCACCUCGCAGAGCUCUCCCAGGGCCAGACCCUUGUCACCUUCAAAAGUGUCUCCACCCGUGGAGAAGAAACUGAAGCUUACGUCACGAUGCAGGGCUUCAGCUGGCAGGGAAUCCAGCGAGAAGAGGGUCUCCCUCGUGCGCGAUUCUGCAAGGCAGAGGCUUCAACCCAGGUCUCCUGCUCCUCCCGGGAGCCGCCCCCUCACUCCCACCCAGCAGCUCCACAUCAUACGAGGUCGGGAGGUGGAGACGUCCCAGAAGGAAGGAGAGCCGUCACAGAGGGACCUAGAACGGUAUCUCUACUAUAUCCACCAUGGUGUGCACAGUCACAUGUUGGCUGCCCAAGACCCACAACAGAUGAUGCGCAUUCUGCAGCUUUUGCCAAGUCAACUAGAAACCAAUCCUGAGCUGGAACAUUUACAAGCAAGGCUUACUGAGGAGAUUCGCAAAGACUAUGAUUUCAGUCUGAGGAAAGCCAUUGUGGACUACAUUCUGAGAGACCCCUCGGAGAAACAGCGGCUGUUUAUUGCGAGCACCCCGUGCCCGUUUAGUCCGAGAACAAUCCGUGCCCCGGUGCCGUGGAGCAGCGGCUACAGAGAGGCACACUCCUGGAUCACCGAGCACCUCUUUACCGUCAACCCCAUGAUGCUACAGCUGCAGCAGCUGUGGUACACUGAGUUUGCCAGCCUCAGGUUUGUCAGACUACAGGCACUGUUUUCUGCAAAUCUGCCUCUUCUGCCCGCGGAGUUUGAAGAUUUGCUUCAGAAGCAAUGUCAGGAAACCCAGGCUAUUCUGUGCAACAGAUGGAUUCCCAAGUGUGCGUCCCUGUUCAUCACGCACAAGGACUGCUGGCUGCCCCUGGUGCCGCAGAGUGACGAGGACGUGCCCUGCCGCGUGCAGGAGUUCUUCUCGUGUGCUGCGGCCCUGAUGUCUCUGCAGCUCCGGGGCCUGGUCACUGCCUCCCUGCAGGACCUGCUGGCCUUCUUCAUGGUGCACCAGGACGGGAAUGAUUUUGGAGAGGUGUACCAGGAGAUGCAGUUUGUCCAGCCUCAGGUCCUGAUCCUGAAGCUGAAGGUGGAGGAGCCCCGGAUCGUGUUCGAGCCCAGCCUGAGGGAGUGCUGGGACCUCAUCCACCGUGGAUUCAUGACGGUCAUCCGGAGCUCUGAAGGGCUACGACGGGUUGAGUGUGACCUGUUUCCAGAGAUCCAGAGUGAGGGACUGACCCUUCUCACAGUGAGGCCGGACGAGACUCUUGUCACUGACUUGGUCAACACGGCCAUGGAGGUUUUCAAGAAGAACACGGUUGGCCCUCAGAGGUAUCUGAAUACAUACAAGAAAUUCAGCGACCUCUUGAACAACAAAGCAGCGCAGGACAUUAACGCAUUCCUGAAAGAAAAGCACUCAUUACAAGCUUUUACCAAGAAAAUCGAAGGCAUCCAGCAAGUGUGGAAAGAAAUUGCCUCUCUGCACAUCACUGUGCCCCUGGCAGUGUUCUGUCUGGAUGCUGUGAGAUUAAACGAGGAGCUGUGUGGCCGAGCAGAGGAGCUGAAGGAAAGAUUGAUCUUGUUCGAGGUGGAGGAAAACAGAGAGCUUAACAAGAGCAUUUGUCAGCGGUAUGACGAGAUAGCGGAGACCGUCAGCAGCGUGCCGAGCACCACGGAGGAGCUGGUGUCCCUCAAUGACUUCCUGAGACGCACCAGCGAGGUGACCGUGCACAAGCUGAAGGAUGAAAUCUCGGAGGCAGGCAGCCGGCUCCAGUUCCUGCUCGACUACGCCACCUUGCCUCAGGAGGAUGUGAAGUUGAACAGCAGUGUGUUCCACUGGCCGGAGCAGAUCCAGGCCAUGUUUGAGCUGAGCAGGAGCCGGCUGGCCAUGAGGAGAGAGCAUGCCGAGGACAGCCUUCAGAAGAAGAUUUCGGAGUUCGAACAGAAGCUGCAAGGCUAUAACAAGGAAGUGGAGGGCUUCAAGAAGCGCGACCUCAUGAGCCUAGAGGAGACGAAGAACAAUGUGGAGAAGCUGACCGAGCUGGCGGCCAGCCUGGAGGCUGCCCUUGGGGAGCUGGAGGCGAUUAAUAAGGAAGAGAGUCUCCUGGAGAGACAGCAGAGUCAGUUCCCUCUGCUUCAGACUUUGAUGACCAACAAACAGCCCUUUGACCAGCUCUGGACAACAUUCUUCAACUUCCACAACAAGUCGGAGAUCUGGAUGAAUGGCCCGUUCCUGCCUCUGAACGCAGAGCAGAUCACAGAGGAGAUUGGGAACAUGUGGAGGACGGUGUACAAGCUGACCAAAACCUUCUCAGACCUGCCCGGCCCACGCCGCGUGGCAGACAGCCUCAAGAUAAAGAUAGACAAGUUCAAGCAACACCUCCCCAUCGUCUCCACAAUAUGCAACCCUGGGAUUAAAGAAAGGCACUGGGAGAAGAUCAGUGCCAUCGUGGGGUUUGAUGUGAAACCUGAGGCCGAAACAUCAUUACUGAACAUGGUGGAGCUUGGGCUGAACAAGUAUAUUGACAAGCUGGAAGAAAUAGGAGCGACUGCGAGUAAGGAGUACUCCUUGGAGAAAGCAAUGGAGAAGAUGAAAAUUGAAUGGGCAGAAGCUCGUUUUGCUUUCAGUUUAUACAGAGACACGGGUACAAGCAUCCUGUCUGCAGUUGAUGACAUCCAAGUACUGCUAGACGAUCACAUUAUCAAAGCACAGACAAUGCGUGGGUCUCCAUUCAUCAAGCCCAUUGAGGCAGAGUGCAAGCAAUGGGAGGAGAAGCUGCUCUUGAUGCAGGACAUACUGGAUGCCAUGCUGAAGUGCCAGGCUACCUGGCUGUACCUGGAGCCCAUCUUCAGCUCUGAGGACAUCAUUGCACAGAUGCCAGAGGAGGGCAGGAAAUUUGGCAUUGUGGACAGCUACUGGAAGGACAUCAUUGCAGAAUCGCUGAAAGACACCAGAGUGCUGGUGGCUACAGCACAGCCCAACAUGCUGGGGAGGCUGCAGGAAUCCAACAUCCUUUUGGAGGACAUUCAGAAGGGACUAAACACUUACCUUGAAAUGAAACGACUCUACUUCCCCAGGUUUUUCUUCCUCUCCAAUGACGAACUCCUGGAGAUCCUGUCGGAGACCAAAGACCCCCUGCGAGUUCAGCCACACCUGAAGAAGUGUUUCGAAGGGAUCGCCAAGCUGGAGUUCAGCGAGGAGAUGGAGAUCACCGGCAUGAUCAGCUCUGAGAAGGAGACUGUCCCCUUCAUACAGAAGAUAUACCCAGCCAAAGCCAAGGGAAUGGUGGAGAAGUGGCUCCUGCAAGUGGAAGAGAUGAUGCUGGGCAGUGUGAGACAAGUCAUACAAGAGGGGGUCAAGGAGUAUGUCCAGGUGCCUCGGAGGAAAUGGGUUCUGCAGUGGCCAGGGCAGGUUGUCAUCUGUGCAUCUUCCAUCUAUUGGACCAGUGAGGUGUCAGAAGCCAUUCAGCGGAACACGCUCCCCGCAUACUUGGUGAAGAGCAACGAGCAGAUCAGUGAAAUUGUGGAACUGGUCCGAGGCAAGCUGUCAGGCGGAGCGCGCAUGACGCUGGGGGCCCUCACCGUCAUUGAUGUGCAUGCCCGAGAUGUGGUGGCCAAGAUAGCGCAGGAUAAAGUCUCCUCCCUCAGCGACUUCCAGUGGAUCUCCCAGCUGAGAUACUACUGGGAAGAGAGCGAUGUCUUGGUACGCAUGAUCACCACAGAGGUGAAGUACGGAUACGAGUACCUGGGGAACUCCCCCCGCCUGGUCAUCACCCCCCUCACCGACAGGUGCUACAGAACGCUGAUGGGAGCCCUCAAGCUGAACCUGGGCGGGGCCCCCGAGGGUCCCGCGGGCACGGGGAAAACCGAGACCACCAAGGAUCUGGCCAAGGCCCUGGCCAAGCAGUGCGUGGUGUUCAACUGCUCUGACGGCCUGGACUACAAGGCCAUGAGUAAGUUCUUCAAGGGCCUGGCGCAGUCCGGGGCCUGGGCCUGCUUUGACGAGUUCAACCGCAUUGAGGUGGAGGUGCUGUCAGUGGUGGCGCAGCAGAUCCUGAGUAUCCAGCAAGCCAUCGCCCGCAAGCUGAAGCGCUUCCUGUUUGAGGGCACGGAGCUGUCACUGAACCCCACCUGCUGUGUUUUCAUCACCAUGAACCCUGGCUACGCCGGCCGGGCCGAACUUCCAGACAACCUCAAGGCUCUUUUUCGCACUGUGGCUAUGAUGGUGCCCGACUAUGCACUGAUUGGAGAGAUUUCACUCUAUUCCAUGGGAUUCAUCGAUUCCCGAAGCCUUGCCCAGAAGAUUGUGGCCACUUAUCGUCUGUGCUCCGAACAGCUGUCUUCCCAGCACCACUACGACUACGGAAUGCGCGCAGUAAAAUCGGUCCUGACAGCAGCAGGAAAUCUGAAACUAAAGUACCCAGAGGAAAACGAGAGUGUGCUGCUCCUGCGAGCCCUGCUUGAUGUCAACAUGGCAAAGUUCCUGGCUCAGGAUGUGCCUCUGUUUCAGGGUAUAAUCUCUGACCUGUUCCCUGGAGUCGUGCUCCCUCAGUCAGACUACGAGCUCUUCCUGCAGGCUCUCAAUGACAACAUCAAGAAGAUGAAGCUACAGCCUGUGCCUUGGUUUAUUGGGAAGAUUAUCCAGAUCUACGAGAUGAUGCUGGUUCGCCAUGGUUUCAUGAUUGUCGGAGAUCCGCUGGGUGGAAAGACCUGUGCUUAUAAAGUUUUAGCCGGAGCCCUGAGCGACCUUUAUUCAGCCAAGCUAAUGGACGAGUCGGCAGUGGACUACAGGAUCAUCAACCCCAAGGCGAUCACCAUGGGCCAGCUGUACGGCUGCUUCGACCCGGUCAGCCACGAGUGGACCGACGGCGUCCUGGCCACCACCUUCCGCGAGCAGGCUGUGUCCAUUUCCGAGGACCGGCAGUGGAUCAUUUUCGAUGGGCCGGUAGAUGCCGUAUGGAUUGAAAAUAUGAACACUGUGCUGGACGACAACAAGAAGCUGUGCCUAAUGAGUGGAGAGAUCAUCCAGAUGAGCUCCAAGAUGAGCCUCAUCUUUGAGCCGGCUGACCUGGAGCAGGCUUCCCCGGCGACAGUGAGCCGCUGUGGCAUGAUCUACAUGGAGCCCCAUCAGCUGGGCUGGAGCCCGUUGAAAGACUCCUAUAUGGACACCCUACCAGAGACGAUGAGUGAGGAGCACAUAGAGCUGGUCAAUGACAUGUUUAACUGGCUGGUCCAGCCCUGUUUGGAUUUCGUUCGUCACGAGUGCAGAUUCCUGGUGCAGACAUCUCCUAUCCACCUGGCCUACAGCUUAAUGCGGCUGUACACCUGUCUUCUAGAUGAGAUCGCCGAGUCAGGGAGGGACGGCCGAGAGCCCAUGUCCAGCCAGCAGAUCACGCUGUGGCUGCAGGGCCUCUUCCUGUUCGCCGUGGUGUGGAGCAUCGGCGGCACCAUCAACGGGGAGAGCCGCAGGAAGUUCGACGCCUUCUACCGCAACCUCAUCAUGGGCAUGGACGACAGCCACCCGCGGCCGAAGAGCGUCAAGCUCACUAAAAACAACGUCUUCCCCGAGCGAGGGAGUGUGUAUGAUUAUUAUUUCCACAAGCAAGCGUCUGGGCAGUGGAACAUCUGGACUGACUCCAUCUCGAAGGAAGAGUCUACCAUCCCAUCUGGGGUGAAGGUGUCCGACCUCAUCAUUCCCACCAUGGAGACGGCCCGCCAGUCCUUCUUCCUCGGCACCUACCUGUCCCACGAGGUGCCCGUGCUCUUCGUGGGCCCCACGGGCACGGGCAAGUCCGUCAUCAACAACAGCUUCCUGCUGCGGCUGCCGAAGGAGAGCUACACCCCCAACGGCAUCAACUUCUCCGCCCGCACCUCCGCCAACCAGACCCAGGACAUCAUCAUGGCCAAGCUGGACCGGCGCCGCAAGGGCGUGUUCGGCCCCCCCGUGGGGAAGAAGUGUGUGGUGUACGUCGAUGACCUGAACAUGCCCGCUAAGGAAGUCUAUGGAGCCCAGCCCCCUAUUGAGCUGCUCCGGCAAUGGAUAGACCACGGGCACUGGUAUGACAAGAAGGACACGUCCAGACUGGAUAUUGUGGAUGUGUUGUUUGUCUCAGCAAUGGGGCCCCCUGGUGGUGGCAGAAACGACAUUACAGGCCGUUUUACCAGACAUUUGAAUAUCGUUUCCAUCGACUCCUUUGAUGACGAGACGUUGAGCAAGAUUUUCACCUCCAUUGCUGACUGGCACUUUGGGAAGGGCUUUGAGGCCUCCUUCUCCAGGCUGGGGAAGAUCAUGGUGCAGGCCACAAUGGCGGUCUACAAGGACACCAUGGAGAGCUUCCUGCCCACGCCCUUCAAGUCCCACUACAUCUUCAACCUGCGGGACUUCGCCCGAGUCAUCCGGGGAGUGCUGCUGUGCCCACACACCCACCUGCAGGAAGGAGACAAGCUCAUCCGGCUCUGGAUCCAUGAGGUGUACCGGGUGUUUUAUGACCGGCUCAUUGAUAACGAUGACAGGCAGACUUUCUUCGGCAUUGUCAAGGAGAGGACGUCAGGCUACUUCAAACAGAGCAUCGACAAGCUGCUGAGCCACCUGACGCCCUCGGGGAAGGUAACAGACGAUCACAUCCGCAGCCUGUUCUUUGGGGACUACUUGAAGCCGGACGCUGACACGAAGGCCUACGAUGAGAUCACAGACCUGAAGCAGCUGACGGGGGUGAUGGAGUAUUACCUGGAGGAGUUCAACAACGUCAGCAAGGCGCCCAUGUCCCUGGUCAUGUUCAAGUUUGCCAUUGAACACAUUUCCCGCAUCUGUCGGGUGUUGAAGCAGGACAAUGGGCACCUGCUGCUGGUGGGCAUCGGAGGGUCAGGCCGGCAGAGCGCCACCAAGCUGGCCACCUUCAUCAACGACUUUGAGCUCUUCCAGAUCGAGCUGACGAAGAACUACGGCACCUCAGACUGGAGGGACGACUUGAAGAGGGUGAUGCUGAAGGCUGGGGCGGAGGGCAAGAGCACCGUGUUCCUGUUCAGCGACAGUCAGAUCAAGGACGAGGCCUUCGUGGAGGACAUCAACAUGCUGCUCAACACGGGCGACGUGCCCAACAUCUUUGCUUCCGACGAGCGCGCCGAGAUCAUGGAGAAGAUGCAGGCCGUCGCACGAGUGGAGGGCAGGAAGAUCGACGCCAGCCCCCUCUCCAUGUACAACUUCUUCAUCGACAGGGUGAAAGCCAAUCUGCACAUCGUCCUAGCCAUGAGCCCCAUCGGAGAUGCUUUCCGUAACCGCCUGCGCAUGUUCCCCUCCCUCAUUAACUGCUGUACCAUCGACUGGUUCCAGGCCUGGCCCACUGACGCCCUGGAGAUGGUGGCCAACAAGUUCCUGGAAGACGUGGAACUGGAGGACAACAUCAGGAAGGCGGUGGUGUCAUUGUGCAAAUACUUCCAGGAGAGUGUGAGAGAGCUCUCUGAGAGGUACUACACCACUCUGAGGAGACACAACUACGUCACUCCCACCUCUUAUCUGGAGCUCAUCCUGACCUUCAAGGCGUUACUCGGCUCCAAGAGGCAGGAGGUGGACACCAUGAGGAGCCGCUACUUGGUCGGUCUGGAGAAACUGGAGUUUGCUGCUUCGCAGGUAUCUGUGAUGCAGAAGGAGCUGACCGCCCUACAGCCGGAGCUCAUCCAGACCUCUGCCGAGACGGAGAAGAUGAUGGUGAAGAUAGAGCAGGAGACUGUGGAUGUCGAUGCCAAGAAAGAGCUGGUCUCCGCUGACGAGAAGGUGGCCAAUGAGGCAGCUGCUGCAGCCAAAGCUAUCAAGGAUGAGUGUGAGGGGGACCUGGCUGAGGCAAUGCCUGCUCUGGAGGCUGCCCUGUCCGCCCUGGACACCCUGAAACCAGCCGAUAUCACUGUGGUCAAGUCCAUGCAGAAUCCACCUGGCCCAGUCAAGCUGGUCAUGGAGAGCAUCUGUGUCAUGAAGGGGAUUAAGCCCGAGAGGAAACCAGACCCUGGAGGCUCAGGCAAGAUGAUCGAAGACUACUGGGGCUCCUCCAAGAAACUCCUUGGAGACAUGAAAUUCCUGGAGAACCUUAAGACAUUCGACAAGGACAACAUCCCAGCAGCCAACAUCAAGAAGAUCAGGGAGAAGUUCAUCGAUCACCCGGACUUCCUGCCCUCCAUCAUCAAAAACGUGUCCUCGGCCUGUGAGGGGCUGUGCAAGUGGGUGCGAGCCAUGGAGGUGUACGAGCGUGUGGCCAAGGUGGUGGCACCCAAGAAGGAGCGGCUGAAGGAGGCUGAGGCAGAGCUCUCGGUCCAGAUGGAGAAGCUCAGCAUCAAGCGGGCCGAGCUGAAGGAAGUGGAGGACCGUCUGCAGGCUCUGAACGACCAGUUUGAGGCCAUGAACAACAAGAAGAAAGAGCUGGAGGACAACAUUGAGCUCUGCUCCCAGAAGCUGGUGAGAGCCGAGAAGCUGAUUGGUGGCUUAGGCGGGGAGAAGGACCGGUGGACAGAGGCGGCCAGGCUGUUGGGGAUCAGAUACGCUAACCUCACUGGGGACGUCCUCUUGUCUUCUGGGAUGGUAGCUUACCUGGGGGCUUUCACUGUUGACUACCGCCAAGAGUGCCAGAAGCAGUGGCACACCCUCUGCCAGGAAAAGAAGAUUCCGUGCUCAGAGGAGUUCUUGCUCAGCAGCACCCUGGGGAACCCCGUGAUGAUACGAGCUUGGCAAAUUGCGGGGCUGCCAGUGGACUCUUUCUCCACGGACAAUGGGAUCAUCGUGUCCAACUCGAGGCGCUGGCCCUUGAUGAUAGACCCACAGGGGCAGGCCAACAAGUGGAUCAAGAACAUGGAGAAGGCCAGCAAGCUUUCUGUGAUCAAACUGUCAGACAGCAAUUAUGUGAGAAUCCUGGAAAAUUCCAUACAGUUUGGAACCCCUGUCUUGCUGGAGAGCGUUGGGGAAGAGCUAGAUGCUGUGUUGGAGCCUAUUCUUCUCAAGCAGACCUUUAAGCAGCAGGGUGUGGAGUACAUGAGGCUAGGGGAGAACAUCAUUGAGUAUUCCAAGGACUUUCGAUUCUACAUCACGACUCGCCUCAGGAACCCCCACUACCUGCCUGAGGUUGCGGUCAAAGUCUGCCUGCUCAACUUCAUGAUCACCCCCUUGGGGCUGGAGGACCAGCUUCUCGGAAUUGUGGCCGCCAAGGAAAAACCGGAGCUGGAAGAGAAAAAGAACAAGCUGAUCUUGGAGAGCGCUGCUAACAACAAGCAGCUGAAGGAGAUUGAGGAUAAAAUCCUGGAGGUCCUGUCUUCGUCUGAAGGAAACAUCCUAGAAGAUGAGACUGCAAUCAAAAUCCUGUCCUCUUCUAAGGUGCUGUCCAUGGAGAUUUCGGAGAAGCAGCAAAUCGCAUCCGUCACAGAGAAGGAGAUUGAUGACACCCGCUUGGGCUACCGUCCAGUGGCCGAGCAUUCCUCCAUUCUCUUUUUCUGCAUUUCCGAUCUGGCCAACAUAGAGCCCAUGUACCAGUACUCCCUGACCUGGUUUAUCAAUCUCUAUGUCCAGUCCAUUGCCCAGAGCCUAAAAAGUGAGGAUCUACAGACCAGAAUAGAGAACAUCAUUGAACAUUUCACCGUCAGUAUAUAUAACAAUGUGUGCCGCUCCCUCUUUGAGAAGGACAAGCUCCUCUUCUCUCUCCUGCUCACCGUUGGGAUCAUGAAGGGCAAGGGCAAAGUGAAUGACGCGGUUUGGAGGUUCCUCCUGACGGGGGGCGUGGCCCUCGACAAUCCUCACCCCAACCCGGCUCCCGAGUGGCUCUCGGAGAAGUCCUGGUCUGAAAUUGUGCGGGCGUCUGGCUUGGACAACCUGCAGGGGCUCAUGGAGCACGUAAGGUGUAACCUACCCAAGUGGAAGAAGAUCUACGACUCCGCCAGACCCCACGAGGAGCAGCUCCCGGAUGAGUGGAAGCUCCUGGAGGGAAUGUACCGCAUGAUUGUGCUGCGGUGCUUCAGGCCUGACAAGAUCGUGCCCGCGGUCCAGGAGUUCAUCACUGACAACAUGGGGAAGACUUACAUUGAACCUCCCACCUUUGACUUGGCAGGAAGUUACAACGAUUCCAGCUGUUGCGCUCCUCUGAUAUUCGUUCUCUCUCCUGGUGCCGACCCUAUGGCAGGUCUCCUGAAGUUUGCUGAUGACCUGGGAAUGGGCGGCACCAAGAUCCAGAGCAUCUCCCUGGGCCAGGGCCAGGGCCCCAUAGCCGCCAAGAUGAUUGACAGUGCCAUCAAAGCUGGCACCUGGGUCGUCCUACAGAAUUGCCACUUGGCCACCAGUUGGAUGCCCAGUCUUGAGAAGAUCUGCGAGGAAGUGAUCACACCUGAGGACACCCAGCCCUCCUUCAGGUUGUGGCUGACCAGCUACCCUUCGGACAAGUUCCCCGUCAGUAUUCUGCAGAACGGGGUGAAGAUGACCAACGAGCCCCCGAAGGGCCUGAGAGCGAACCUGUUGCGCUCCUACCUCAACGACCCCAUUUCGGACCCCGCCUUCUUCAACAGCUCCCGGAAGCAGGAAGUGUGGCAGAAGCUGCUCUUCGGCCUGUGCUUCUUCCACGCCCUCGUCCAGGAGCGGAGGAACUUUGGACCCCUGGGCUGGAAUAUCCCUUAUGAAUUUAACGAGUCAGACCUGCGCAUCAGCAUGAGGCAGAUCCAGAUGUUCCUGAACGAGUAUGAUGAAGUUCCCCUGGAGGCCCUCACAUACCUGACAGGGGAGUGUAACUACGGGGGGCGCGUGACGGACGACAAGGACAGACGGCUGCUCCUGUCCCUGCUCUCCAUCUUCUACAGCCGCGAGCUGGUGGAGCAGGAGCAGUACCGCUUGUCUCCCGGGGACGUCUACUACGUGCCAGCUCACGGCACCUACCAGAGCUACAUCGAUUACGUCCGGAACCUGCCCAUCAGCGCCGACCCCGGGGUGUUCGGGCUGCACGAAAAUGCCGACAUCACAAAGGACAACCAGGAGACCAAUCAGCUGCUCGACGGGGUGCUGCUCACCUUGCCCAGGCAGUCUGUGGGUGGGGCUAAAUCUCCGCAGGAAGUGGUUGAAGAGCUGGCUGUGGACAUCUUAUCCAAACUCCCUGCCGACUUUGACUUGGAGAAGGUGAUAGAGAAGUACCCAGUGAUCUACGAGGAGUCCAUGAACACCGUGCUGAGACAGGAACUCAUUCGCUUCAACAGGCUGACCCAGGUUGUGCGGAGCAGCCUGGUGAACAUACGCAAGGCUCUGAAAGGCCAGGUGGUGAUGUCGGCUGAGCUGGAGAAUGUCUUCAACAGCAUGCUGGUGGGAAAGGUGCCCGCCAUGUGGGCAUCAAAAUCUUACCCCUCGCUGAAGCCCCUGGGGAGCUAUGUGGCCGACUUCCUCGCCAGGCUGCACUUUCUCCAGGACUGGAUAGAUAAUGGACCCCCCAAUGUGUUCUGGAUAUCAGGGUUCUACUUCACCCAGUCCUUCCUCACUGGUGUGUCACAGAACUUUGCCAGGAAGUACACUAUACCGAUCGAUCAUGUUGGCUUCGAAUUUGAGGUCACCACGCAGGAGACGGACAUGCCGGCGAAGCCGGAGGAUGGUGCCUACAUUAAAGGCCUGUUCCUGGAGGGCGCUCGCUGGGACAGGGAAAAGAGGGUGAUCGGCGAGUCCCUCCCCAAAAUCCUCUUCGACCCGCUGCCCAUCAUCUGGCUGAAGCCGGGGGAAAGCUCCAAAUUCCUGCACGAGAACGUGUACUUCUGCCCGGUGUACAAGACCAGCGCCCGCAGGGGCACGCUGUCCACCACCGGCCACUCCACUAACUACGUGCUGCCCAUCGAGCUGCCCUCUGACCGGCCCCAGCAGCACUGGAUCAACAGGGGCGUGGCCUGUCUCUGCCAGCUCGAUGACUGACGGGCCUUUCGAGGGCCGCGCGGCCCCACAGCAACCCAACCGCGAUCAAUAAAGCCCUGCGGGAAGAAACCGGGGCGCUGCAGAAA